UGGAUGGCAACUGGUCAGAGUGGGGGCUAUGGGAAGAGUGUUCGAAGAGCUGCGGCCAAGGUAACAGGACCAGAACCAGAACCUGCAGCAGCCCCCCCGCCCAGCACGGUGGGAAGCCCUGCCAUGGCAGGGCUGUGGAUUCAGUCAUGUGUAACAUCAGGCCCUGCCCAG